GGCCCAGCAGGGAACAGAAGGUGGGCACUUCCUCAGCUGCUCUCCCCAAUUAUAACCGCAGCCUACAGAGGAGAUGUCAGACUAUGAGAAUGACGACGAGUGCUGGAGCACCCUGGAGAGCUUCCGGGUGAAGCUCAUCUCUGUCAUUGACCCCUCCCGGAUCACACCCUAUCUACGCCAGUGCAAAGUCCUGAACCCCGAUGAUGAGGAGCAGGUGCUCAGUGACCCCAACCUGGUCAUCCGCAAGCGGAAAGUGGGUGUGCUCCUGGACAUCCUGCAGCGGACAGGCCACAAGGGCUACGUGGCUUUCCUCGAGAGCCUGGAACUCUACUACCCUCAAUUAUACAGGAAAGUCACUGGCAAGGAGCCAGCACGCGUCUUCUCCAUGAUCAUUGAUGCAUCAGGGGAGUCUGGCCUGACGCAGCUGCUGAUGACAGAGGUCAUGAAGCUGCAGAAGAAGGUUCAGGACCUGACGGCCCUUCUGAGCUCCAAGGACGACUUCAUUAAGGAGCUGAGGGUAAAAGACAGCCUACUGCGCAAGCACCAGGAGCGGGUGCAGCGGCUCAAGGAGGAGUGUGAGCUGAGCAGUGCGGAGCUGAAGCGCUGCAAGGACGAGAACUAUGAGCUGGCCAUGUGCCUGGCACAUCUGAGUGAAGAGAAGGGCGCAGCACUCAUGCGGAACCGGGACCUGCAGCUUGAGGUGGACCGGCUCAGGCACAGCCUCAUGAAGGCCGAGGAUGACUGCAAGGUGGAGCGCAAACACACCCUGAAGCUCAGGCACGCCAUGGAGCAGCGGCCUAGUCAGGAGCUGCUGUGGGAACUGCAGCAGGAAAAGGACUUGCUGCAGGCCCGGGUGCAGGAGCUUCAGGUCUCUGUGCAGGAGGGUAAGCUAGACAGGAAUAGUCCAUACAUUCAAGUGCUGGAGGAGGACUGGCGUCAAGCACUGCAGGAACACCAGAAGCAGGUCAGCACCAUCUUCUCCCUACGCAAGGACCUCCGCCAGGCUGAGACCCUCCGGGCCCGGUGCACCGAGGAAAAGGAGAUGUUCGAGCUGCAGUGCCUGGCCUUGCGCAAGGAUGCCAAGAUGUACAAGGACCGUAUCGAGGCUAUCCUGCAGCAGAUGGAGGAGGUCUCCAUUGAGAGGGACCAGGCUAUGGCCUCCAGGGAAGAGCUGCACGCACAGUGUACCCAAAGCUUUCAGGACAAAGAUAAGCUUCGAAAGCUGGUUCGAGAAAUGGGUGAGAAGGCAGACGAGCUGCAGCUACAGCUGUUCCAGACUGAGGGCCGAUUACUGGCCGCUGAGGGCAGACUCAAGCAGCAGCAAUUGGACAUGCUCAUCCUGAGCUCUGACUUGGAAGACAGUUCACCCAGGAACUCCCAGGAGCUCUCACUGCCUCAGGAUCUGGAGGAGGAUGCCCAGCUCUCAGACAAAGGUGUACUGGCAGACAGGGAGAGCCCAGAGCAGCCCUUUAUGGCUCUGAACAAGGAGCAUCUUUCACUGAACCAUGGCAUGGGGCCCAGCAGCAGCGAGCCCCCGGAGAAGGAGCGGCGGCGCCUCAAGGAGAGCUUCGAGAACUACCGCAGGAAGCGGGCACUCCGCAAGAUGCAGAAUAGCUGGCGGCAGGGAGAAGGGGAUCGCGGGAAUACGACAGGCAGCGACAACACCGACACCGAGGGCUCCUAGCGGACCGCGCCGAGGCUGAGCAUCUGUGGAAUUGUGAAAGGAUGCUGCGUUUUUUUUACUGUAUUAGAAUU